AUGUCGGCGUGGGUAUGGAUACUGGGCGCGGGUGCCACGGCCUUCUUCGGCCGCGCCGCACUGGUUGCGCUGCGCAGAUCAGGCGGCGGCGCGGGUGCAUUGGGACGCUCAUACUACAAGGGCGGCUUUGAGCCCAAGAUGACACGCAGAGAGGCUGCGCUGAUAUUGGAGAUGCCCGAACGCGGCAUCACAAAGGAACUGCUGCGGAAGAAGCACCGCUCGCUGAUGCUUCUCAACCACCCCGACCGCGGCGGCAGCCCGUACCUGGCGACCAAGGUCAACGAAGCAAAAGAGCUGCUGGAAAAAGAAAUCAAGUAA